ACAAAUAAAACAACAGCUGUGCCCUGUGUUAUUCCACUUCCUACAACAAUAUUUUUAUUAUUUACAAUAAGUCAAAGUUAACAAAGUUCAUAACCUUUUGAUUAAGACAAGUCAAAGAUUACUAAAAUUAUCGUCCCAUAUAAUUCAAUUCAUUCAGUGUAACGGUUGCUAGUCAUCAGUAAACUUCCAAAUAUUUUUGAAAAUGAAGUCAAUAAUAUUUGUGGCAAUACUUCACUGCGUUUAUUUAGCUUCUGCUGAAAGUGAACCUUUCCAACUACCCGACUCGAUCAAGGACUUGGAAAUACCAGACAUGGACGAAUUCGCCGUAAUCAAGGAAAAGUGCGAUAAAGAAGGAGGAAACGGGACUUAUAUCAAGUUCAAGACAACUGCAAACUCGCUUUCGACUUGCAUGUCCGAAUUCGUGUCCCUAAGUACGUUGGAGGCUGAGGUCAUGGAGUCAAAAAAGACCGGCUCCAUGGACGAAGUUUUCGGAAAAUACUGCAAAAAGCGGUCGCAGUUGGCCACAUGUGUGCAGAGCUUCAUCAACAACCUUCGCCUCUGCCUCAAUGCGGAAGAGCAAAAUGCACUGAAUAUCACUCUAAAUAUCGUGAAGGAAUUGGGCGAAUUCGCCUGUUUUAAGGAUGGGGACAGGAUUGCUAUGUUCGUGGCCGAGGGCGGGGUCGAAUGCAUCAAAAGCCGCACUCAGGGAAUUCAAAAUUGUGUCAACUCCACGUUCAAAAUCUCCCCGCAAAGCGUCAACCCCAACGCAAUUCCCAACAUAUUGAUCGAUAAGAAGAAAUGCGACGAUUUGGGUAAACUUCAGCGAUGUGUUGUCGAAGAAUUGGAAAAGUGCAAAGACAGCACCCCUGCUAAUAUCGUUGAUGCACUUUUUAAGUUCGUCAAGCGUUCGGCGUGUUCUAAUAAAAACAAACGGAGCGCGAUGAUCCACCGCAUUUUGAAAAGACACGUCGCAACGGUCAACCAUUAUUUUAAUUCCUCGGAACUGAACAGCAUAUUCGAGUCCACAUUUAGGGAAAAGUGCAAAAAUGCCCCCGAAAACGGCUUUAAAUCUGUCCAAGAAAGUUUCAAAAUUGCCAAAAAAUGCAUCUACGAUCAGACCACCGAGUAUCCCAUUUUUGCCACACCUUUGGAGAAGUUCCAGGAGGAAUUUAAAAAAUGCACCGACGAUUUUGCCGAAAAGGCCAAAGUUUGUUUGCCGGAAAAAGAAAAAUAUUUCCCCGAAUUUUACCAGAAAAUCUUUAUAAACUUUAUCGAGUUUUUGUACAACAACCAAAACACAAUUCUAAGGGUGUCGUCUAGGUCCGAGCUUGUUAACUGCUUCCAAAAUUUCAAGCAACAUAAAGCGAAGUCCGAAAUGAGCAAAUGUUUCCAUUCGUUUGAAUCCACCAGUUUGGAAAAAGACGCAGUUUGCACGAGAAUAACAAAAACCAAAAGUUGUGUUACUGGACAAUUACAAAAGAGGUGCAUUCGCGAUGUCACCGUCAAUCAAUUAGUCGAAGAUUUCUUCGAGGUGUUGCUGAGUCCUUGUGAUAAAAGUGGUUAAAACGAGAUUGUUUCCACCGCCGGAUAAUGGCACUUCCAUACAUUAUAUUAAAUUUAUUCUUGGAUAAAUAAAAUAGACGAACUUUAGCUUUUACAA